AACCACAACAUUACCACUUGAAUCAAUAUUACAAAAGCCUGCUCUACACACAUUUUGGAUCUUCAACUCACCCCAACCAAAACUAUGGCCGCCAUCACACAAGCUCCCGUUGCCGUUUUCCGGCCAUAUACCAGAUUCCUAACUGGAUCACAAGGGAAGUUAAACCGAGAACUCGCCACCAGACCUUCCGACACUUAUCCAUCCGCCUCUUUCAAGAUCGAAGCCAAAAAGGGCGAAUGGCUACCCGGGUUAGCCUCACCCGGUUAUCUUGACGGAAGUCUUCCAGGUGACAAUGGCUUUGACCCAUUGGGACUAGCAGAGGACCCGGAGAACUUAAGGUGGUUCGUCCAAGCAGAGCUCGUAAAUGGGCGGUGGGCCAUGUUGGGUGUCGCUGGAAUGCUACUACCGGAGGUUUUCACGAGCAUAGGCAUACUUAAUGUUCCUAAGUGGUAUGAUGCCGGAAAGUCGGAAUAUUUUGCCUCAUCAUCGACCCUGUUUGUGAUCGAGUUCAUUUUGUUCCACUAUGUCGAGAUUAGAAGGUGGCAAGACAUCAAGAACCCAGGAAGUGUUAACCAAGAUCCUAUCUUUAAAAACUACAGCUUGCCACCUAAUGAAUGCGGGUACCCCGGUGGGAUAUUCAAUCCCCUCAACUUUGCACCAACUGCUGAGGCCAAGGAAAAAGAGCUCGCUAAUGGGAGGUUGGCAAUGUUGGCAUUCUUGGGAUUCAUUGUUCAGCACAACGUGACUGGAAAAGGCCCAUUUGACAACCUAGUGCAGCACCUGUCAGACCCAUGGCAUAACACCAUCGUGCAAACACUAUCCUCGGGAAACUAAAGAUCUUAUAGCUAAAGGAAAGAAAACAUCUUGUUUUGCUCUGUUUGUAAACCUGGGUUGUGACCCUAGAUCUAAGCUUUGUUUCUAAUGUACAGGGGGAUAUCAUAUGAGAUGAAAAUUUAUGAUUUAUUUGAACUUA